AUGGCAACUACCGAUAGAUUCGGAUCUCAAAAGGUCCGCCGACUUUCCAGUCUUGAUGCCGAUCGGGCCGACCUCUACGGUGGCCCCAACGUCGUCAUACCUCCAAAGUACUUGAUGGCCUCUACCCGUGAUCGUGACCUGAAUCCGGACAUUGAAAUGGACAAAAAUCACUCUGACGAAGAGGCCAUUUCCUCAGAGGAAGAGUCUUCUUCAGUGACCACCCCUUUGACAAUCCCGCCAAUGACUGUUAGCGAUGACUUUGCUCUGGCCUUCGAUAUCGAUGGCGUUCUUAUCAGAGGUGGCCAGGCCAUUCCCGAGGCUAUCGAGGCUAUGAAAUACAUCAAUGGCGAGAACCCUUAUGGAGUCAAAGUACCGUACAUUUUCCUCACCAAUGGAGGUGGCAAGACCGAAAAGGAACGGUGCCAGGAUCUGAGUCGCCAACUCGAUUAUGAAGUCUGCCCUGGACAAUUCAUCUGCGGACAUACUCCCAUGCGUGAAAUGGCCGAACGAUACGACACCGUUCUGGUUGUCGGCGGCGAAGGCGAGAAGUGUCGCAUCGUCGCUGAAGAGUAUGGAUUCAGGAAUGUCAUCACGCCCGGCGACAUUAUCAAGACGCGCCACGACACCACGCCUUUCCGCAAAUUAACGGACGAGGAAUACAAGAACUCGCGUGUACUUGAUCUUGACUCCGUCCAGAUCGAGGCAAUCUUCGUUUUUGCUGAUAGUCGCGACUGGGCCGGUGAUCAGCAAAUCAUUCUGGACUGCUUAAUGUCCGUGAAUGGCAAGCUUGGCACACGGUCUGAAACCUUUGAUGAAGGUCCGCCAAUCUACUUCUCCCACAACGACGUGGUUUGGUCAACCUCGCAUGAACACUCGCGCAUUGGCAUGGGUGCUCUCCGCGCGUCGCUCGAGGCUCUCUACAAGGCCGUCACCGGCAAAGAGUUGAAGACCGUUGCCUUUGGCAAGCCGCAGAUGGGCACAUUCCAAUUUGCGACCAGGCUUCUGUCAAAAUGGCGCAGGGAUUCUCAUGGUAUCGGCCAUGCACCUUCCACUGUCUACUUUGUUGGCGACACGCCCGAGUCUGACAUUCGUGGAACGAACGAGUUCAAUGAGAUCUCUGAGAAUGAGUGGUACUCCGUCCUUGUCAAAACUGGUGUUUGGCAAGAAGGCACCAUCCCACGCUAUCCCCCCAAGAAGAUCGUGAACAACAUCUACGAUGCAGUCAAGUUCGCGGUUGAGCGGGAGCAGCAGAAGAUCUAUUCCAACAGAGGCCAUGUUAGAGAUGGUCUGCAAGAUUCUCUCACAGAGAAUAGCUUGAAGAACUGA